GAAUGUCAGUGCGGUUGCCGCCUCCAUACACCUAAGUUAUUAUAAUGUUAACAUUAAACAAAGUCUAGAAAUUAUUACUUAAUAUAAUCUAGAUUAUUAAUUAUUGUUUCCACGUCGGGUGUGAGCAUCAUGAGUGAUUUUUACUACAGUGACAGUUAUUUUCAAUUAGAGCUAAAUCUUCAGGAAACAAGACGUGAACUAAUAGCCUUGAUAGAAGCCUGCGAACUGAAAGACAGCGCCAUCUAUAUUGAAACAGAAUGUUUCUCAGACACAGAACAUAAAGGAAACGAUCAACAGUCUAAUAUACCACCAGGGGCUGAUCUACUGCCUAAACCAAAGUGGGAAAACCCAAAACCCUUGCCUGCAGAAGAAUACAAAUAUGACGUACAAUCUUGGCUGCAAAUGGGUUCACUUAAUCAACUUAACCCUUCCACUGCUUACAAGAAAUCCGAAAACAUAAAGACACCAUCCAAUAUCAAAUCAAUAAACAUGGAUUCGCCCGGAAAAGAAUUUUGUUUACAAUUCGCUGAUAACUCAUACAAUUUAGACUUCAUUAUGAAGACAAACAUUAGUAAAACUAAUAUGAACAGGGAUAGUAAAUUAACUGUUGAUGCUUUCUUCAAAAGCUUUAAGGAAACCAAAUCUGCCUUGAAACCAACCAAACUGUCUUUUGAUCAACUAACACAAUCUCCAAAUACAAGCCGUGAAUAUGCUUAUUUCUAAUUACCUUGAAACAAUUAAAUUUGUUUGCAAUUUA